CCAGUCAGCGGCGCUAUAGGCUGCGUAUCACGAGCGCACGUUUCGCCAAAACGUGAAAGGAACAUGAAGAAGACACUAUUACGGAAAUUACGUUAUAAUUAAUUUACGUUAGAAUGAGUCCAUCCCCCAUACAAACAGUUCUGGGAUAAUGAGAAACAGAAUAACAGAGAAUGGCCGAAUUUAAAACCACUGUUCGUAUGUCGGGAUUUGUUUUGAGCUCAUUAAUGUUUCAACAUUUAAACAGUGACACAGAUGUGGAGGGAUUCAUCCUUGGGGAAAGGGUUGCAGAAGAGAGGAGCAAUAUCACCGAUUCCCAGAUAGAUCAAGUUCAACUCGAGCACACAAUAAGUAUACAGAAACACGUUCCUUGCCGCGCAUUGCAUACGUUCUACAACAAUGUUGGAAUGGUCAACCGAGAUGAAAUUAGUCGAAUUUUGUCAAACCAUAAAGAGGACAGUGUGAUUGGGUGGUACAGACAACGGAGAAACACCCAUCAACAGAUGACCUUCAAAGAACAGCUAAUCCAUCAGAAUUUAAAGAAGGCUCUUUCAAAUCAAGAGCUAGUUUUCGUACUGCUUACAGCCACAGAGGUUACAUCAUCUGGCUCCACUCACCGCCUAGAGUACUCAACUUUUGUUUCACACGGGAGCCAAUAUCAUAAAAUCCCUAUUCUGGUGAACAACUUGGGAAUGCUGGAACAGCAGGACUACUGGAGGGUUUCUACAGCAUGUUCGUCUUUGAGUCACAGUCAAGCAGUGAGGAAAUGCAGGUCAAAGUUCCUUUCCUCUGAUGACAAUCUCAGCAAGGUUGAACAUAUCAGUAAUAUGAAUGAUAUAUUGUUGACUGAACUGAAAAAUGCGUGCAAGGACGUGGAGGAAAGUGAGAGAUCGGUGGAAAAACUGCGAGCCGAGGUGACCGCACUGAGAGAGGCUAUCAGUAAAAGAAGCACACAACAGAAGCGGCGUGAAACUAAAGAGGAACCCAAACCUGAUGAAUGCCAAGAAAACGUGCUUCUGUGUACGUCUCUGAAAGCGCUGUUCCCUAAUGCUCCCCUCUUGCGGACGCAAGCUCUGACCCUGGAGGGUUUUCCGGUUUUGGAGCUGUGCUGUGACACAGACCAUGACAUAGACAUCUCUGCCAAGCUGCCUUUGAUCCUGGACUGCCAACAUACCAAAGCCAGGAAGAGGAAAUUGGACACAUGGGAGAGAUCCAGUGAACAGUGCCUUCUUCCAGGCCUUUCUCCCAGCAGCAAGAGAAAGAAAAACCUCGGAGACACUACCGGAUUGCUGUUUGAGAGUGGAUCGGAUACAGAAGUGGAGUUAACAGGAGAGAAUAAAAGUAGCUCUCCUGUUUUUUAACGGCUGACACUGCUGAACGUAACAACUGAAUUAAUCUCUCAAUGAAAUAUCAAAGCAUUUUUAGCAUGUUUGGAGGACUGCUGUUUGAGUGUGGAUCGGAUACAGAAGUGGAAUUAACAGGAGAGGAUAAAAGUAGCUCUCCUGGUUUUUUAACGGCUUACACUGAUGAACUAAUCUCUUCAUGAAAUAUCAAAGCAUUUUUAGCCUGUUUAGAGGGCCAUUCAUUUUCUGAGUAUACUGUUUGUCAUUCAAGCAAACAGUGAUGAAUUUUAAAAAAUGUUUUUUUCUUCUACAUACAUCAGCUUAGUUUUUAAUAGGACAAAUUCUGACAUCAGAGAAUUGUAGCUGCUAUGCUUAACUCUCAGAUCUCUUGCCGCUUUCAGAUUUGACGUGCACAUAAUGUAGCAACAGCCAAUGCAAUGGGGGGGGGGGAGGGGAAUCACUCAAACAAAGAAACCCACUCUUUGCACAGAACUAGGAUAGGACGAGAGUGCUUUCUGCCCGUGGUGCAUCUUCCUCUGUAUGAUUCAUUUUCCAUUCUGAUCCUUGCUUUAAAAUUUUGGGGCUAUUACAAGAAAGUGUGGAUGUAAUACAGAAAGCAACACUGUCCUCAUAACAGAACGAUUCCAUAUUUUAAAGGACGGCUGGCAACCCUACUUGUACACAUGUCUUACGUGAUGUUAAUCUGGCCUAAAAGAAUAAAAAGACAUGAAAGGCAAAGGCAAGCAAGGAAGGAUAAAUCUGAGACCAUGUUAAAUGUAAGUGAUGAAUUUUCAGUUAAAUAAAUAUUUUUUUUUUCUAUCCAAAAAUGA